CUUCCUUUCUACUAUAUCUUUGUACGCGAUACAAUGUUCGUCCCAGACUAGAACUUAUCAUAUCUUGCUUCAUUUCUUGUUUUUUGUUUUCCUUAGAGGUGUAUUUGUGGAGUCAAUCAAAUCGAUAGAUCGACAAGAAGCUUAUCGCUAUCAAAUAUCCAAUCAUCUCAAUAUCCUGUGCAUUUCUCCAUUGGGCCGGACCGAAACAAUACACGAAUACCUCGUUUGGAGAUAGCCAAACACAAAAUCACCUUUCUACCUGUGACCUGUUAGGUUGCUAGGUGCCAUUGCAUGCUAUCUGCUUGAUAGAAAUUGUCACAAGAUAAGAAAGCCUUUGUUACUACCCCCCCAAAUCUGUUCAAGAUGACAGCCAACGGAUUCAAGAGUCCCGCUCCCGUUUUACCCGCUAUGGGUCUACAUUCUUUUCACAACGAUUCACCUCCUUUCGGUGCCGCCGCUACCGAACCUCACGAUCCAGAAUACUUCUCGCUUGACCUUCCUUCUAGAGGUCAUACAACUUCUUCUUCCGCAACUUCACCAUCAUCAAGUAUUCCUCCACCCAUGCAACCUAUUCAUCCUACGACCGCAAUGCCUAUCCCACAAAGAGGUUUCAACCCUAUUCUCUCCCGAGCUCCACCUUCAGACCAAUCGCCAGAUCACGAUCAAGAACGUCAUCCAGAGACGGAAGAUGAUAGACUUUCUUCUUCUCGUUCAAGACGUUUAGUAUCUGGAUACAUGUUUGGAAACCCGCCUUCUCCCGUUGGACGUCGACAUAUACCAAGGACCGAUAGAGUUCCUACGCCUCCUACUG